UUUGGGUUCCUCGUGUUUCGGCUUUUUGGCUGGUGUGGGUUGAUCUUCAUCGCUGCUUUCGCUGAAACCCGACUGACAUGCUGGUUUUGUAGCACUAAUCGUGUCCGGAGGCGUUGAUAUCAUCUUGUCUACAUCUUGACGGCCAACAAGAUCAUCCGGCCUUUCCCAAACUGAUAUCCUCGAAGGAUUGUAAAAAAAUACCCGUCCGUCUCCAGUCCAAACACACCUUCACAUACAAAUAUAUGCGCUAGCAUCAGGCGGUGUGGCAUCCCAAAGGGUUCUGCUCCGAUUUACGUUGCAAUCGGAUUACCAAACUGAUUUGGCAUUCUGUGCUGCAUAGGGAUCAUAUUUGGCGGCGAUUGCAUUAUGUUCGUAUUCACUGCCGGUGUAUUUAUCGGUGGCAUAUUGGUAAUUGUCGUAGGUGCUGUAAUUUCUCCAGUCUUCCAUCACAAACAUAAAUUUCCGUACUUCAGUUUUUUUUUAGCCUCGUAUUACAUGGAAAUUUUUGUUUUUUUUUUUGUAAAAGUGUGUAGUAUCUUGAAAAGCGUCAAAGUGUACUGCCACGUAAGUUGAAAUACAGUAUCACUUAAUUGUUUGUAUAAUUACUACUUCAUCAUAGAACACGCGAAAGUAUAUACUAUAUUUUUGUAUAUAUGUGCUAUACAUGUACUACAUUUUUUUAGUGGUACAAACAUGGAUAUGGGAGUUAUUGCAUCUUCUGUAGUGGCUUUGGCAUAUCAGAUGAGAAAAGUCAUUGACGAGGUAUUUUAUGACAAUGACGAUGACGACGACGAAAGCGAUGAUGAGAUUGAGAUAAUGCUUGCAACGGUGAUGCACGAAGAAAAAGAAGUGGGUCCGAAGCCAGCACGAUGCCAAAAUUUUGUUGAACUCGUCGUGCCAAGAUUUACUUUUAAACAGUUCCAAGAGAACUUUCGUAUGUCUGCGCCAGCAUUUGAAAGAUUGUUAACUGUCAUUGCUCCUCUUUUGGAAAAUCGCACAGGAACUGGCAGACCGACAACAAAAAUCGAAAAACAGCUAUUAGCUGUUGUGUGGUUGCUCGCAACGCCCGAUUGUUUUAGGUAAGCAGAAAAGUUGAAUUACAUAAUUUUUUAGCCUUGUCUCCUAUAUUGUCAUUUUUUCUCCGAUCCUGUCGUAUAUAUUGUUAAUAUUAUACCUCACGUUUAACUUCAUAAUUCUCGAUCUCAUAACAGGCUGAAAGUUAUAAUGCACAUAUUUCUUUUGCAGAUCUAUCGGAAUGAAGUUCGAUAUGUCAAAAUCAACCCUUCAUUCCUGCUUUCGAAGAGUAAGGGCUCAGUCACAAUGAGAAAAAUAAGGAAUAAGAUAAAGGAAUAAGGAAUAAGGGAAUGUCGCAUCUCACUUCAGUACAUGUACAUUAAAACUCAUUACUUGGCCUACAGGCGAAAAGUUAGAAAGGACUGUUCAGAAGUUUACCGAUAUUGCUGGUAUGGCGGGAGUGAUUGGUGCAAUAGACGGUUGUUACGUUCCCAUUGAUGCACCUCAAGUUGAUGCACAAUAUUAUCGAACCAGAAAAUGUGAGUACGCAAUAACCCUUCAAGCGGUAUGUGAUCCUGAGUUGCGAUUCACCGACGUAUUUGCUGGCUAUCCUGGGUCUGUGGGAGAUCUCCGAGUAUUUCGGAAUUCUCCAUUAUACAGAGAUACUGAGGCAAACGUUCAAAAUUUUUUCCCCAAUGGUGAAUAUAUAAUUGGAGAUAAGGCCUAUAAUCCUCCUUUGCCUUGGUGUAUUUCACCAUAUAAAAAUAUAGGACACCUAACUGCUAUACAAAUCUCGUUUAAUACCAUUCUAAGUAAAACGAGACAAACAAUUGAAAGAACUUUUGGAUUACUGAAAGGACGCUUUCGACGCUUAAGACAUCUCUCCAUGGUCUGCUACGAAGAAAUCCCAGACACCAUACUGGCAUGCUGUGUUCUACACAAUAUAUGUCUACAGCAGGAGGAUGAUUUCCUCGAGCUGUAUAUUGAAGAAGGAUUGCCUUUUGUUUAUGGGAACGAAGGUGACGAAAUAGGGCAGUAUGAGCCUGCAGGAGAAACAGGCGGCGCGAAACGUGAUCGUCUGGCUGCUGCAUUAGCAAACCAUUGAUGUAUAAGUAAGUAAUUUCCGA